GCCUUUUGUGGACGGCGCCGUAUAGAGAGACCCAAAGCCUUUAAACGCCCCAUUUGUCUUCAGGCCUGGGGAGACGGAGAGUGAGGAAGACGGUCAUACAUAUAGAGAGGAUUAGCAUUCAGUUUUCCUGGAUCCAAAGCUAUAAUUGCCCUCGUUCUCCUACACAAAAGAGAGAGAAAAGGAGCUAGUUUUGUGUGUUCCGUAUGUGUUAUUUAUCACUCCCGUAAGCAGAUUUCUUCAACUCUUAAAUAACUAGGGGAUACUGCUUUGCCGAGAUGCCGGCUGUGAAAGCCGGCAGCCGCCCGCCAUGGGUUGGCUUGGCAGCGGCGGUCUGGGUUCAAAUUGCUGCCGGCGCCGGCUACAACUUUCCCCUCUAUUCGCCUGAGCUCAAAUCCGUGCUCGGCUAUAAUCAACGGCAACUCACUUUGCUCGGCGUCGCCAACGACAUCGGCGAAAACUUUGGCAUGCUCCCCGGCGUCGUCUGCAAUCGACUUCCGCCCUGGCUAGUCCUCCUUAUCGGCGCCGCUUCUUGCUUCAUCGGAUACGGUGUCCUCUGGCUUGCUUUGAGCAGGACCAUCGACGUCUUGCCAUACUGGGCGCUAUGGAUAGCUUUAUGUAUUGCUACCAAUAGUAGUGCAUGGUUAGGUACUGGUGUCCUUGUAACAAACAUGAGAAACUUCCCUUACAGUAGAGGUACAGUUGCUGGCAUUCUGAAGGGUUACAUUGGCCUUAGUGCUGCUGUAUAUACUCUAAUUUACACAGGGGUGCUUGAUCACUCUCCCUCCAAGUUGUUGCUGCUCCUUGCUCUUGGUCUGCCGGCGGUUUGCCUCGCAAUGAUGUAUUUUGUGCGUCCCUGCUCUCCAGCUUCAGAAGAUGACUCAUCCGAGCAUGGUCAUUUCUUGUUCACCCAGAUUGUUAGUGUUUUUCUUGGCCUCUACUUGUUAACUGCAACGUUACUUGACAAUGUCCUCUCGCCAGGUGGUUUAGUUACCUAUAUAUUUUUUGGUAUAAUGGUAUUGUUACUCCUUUCUCCCCUUGCAAUCCCAUUGAAGAUGACUUUGUACCCAAAUAAGAAAAAGAAAUCUGGCAUUAACACUCCAUCCAGUUCUUCUGAUCAACUAUCUCAGCUGGACCAAGAUGCAACGGAACCAUUGCUUGCUCUGUCUUCAUCUGCUACAAAUCUUAGCAGCUUUCAAGAGUCAGAUGAUUCUUCUGAUGUGGAUAUACUUUUGGCUGAAGGAGAAGGUGCAAUAUAUAUGAAGAAGAAGAGAAAACCUAAGAGGGGGGAAGAUUUUAGAUUUCGUGAAGCCUUGAUCAAGGCUGAUUUCUGGCUUUUAUUUCUGGGUUAUUUCCUAGGAGUUGGUUCAGGUGUUACAGUGCUAAAUAACCUGGCACAAAUAGGAAUCGCAGCAGGUGUUAAUGAUACAACCAUUUUAUUGUGCCUAUUCAGCUUUUGCAAUUUUGUUGGCCGUCUUGGAGGUGGUUCUGUCUCUGAGUACUAUGUAAGAUCAAAAAUGCUUCCACGGUCCAUAUGGAUGGCCUUCACUCAAAUGAUCAUGGUCCUUACUUACCUCCUCUUUGCAUUGGGCCUUAACGGUACUCUGUAUUUUUCAACUGCUCUACUUGGUAUCUGCUAUGGCGUUCAAUUCUCUGUGAUGGUACCAACCGCAUCUGAACUAUUUGGUUUAAAGCACUUUGGAAUCAUUUACAAUUUCAUGCUGUUGGGAAAUCCUCUUGGGGCGUUCUUGCUCUCAGCUAUACUUGCAGGGUAUGUCUAUGAUAAUGAAGCAGAGAAGCAGGGUGGAACUACCUGCCUUGGACCUAGUUGUUUUGGGCUAACUUUCUUUGUUCUAGCUGGAGUUUGUGCAUUGGGAUCUGUGUUGAGUGUCAUCUUGACCGUUAGAAUAAGGCCCGUAUAUCAGAUGCUUUAUUCAAGUGGCUCAUUUCGCCUUCCUUCAACUUCACAACAUUAGAAACUUCCUUUAGCUUUUAUUUGCAUAUCUUCAUUUUGGUUAUGGUUAAACUUUUGUUGUAACUAUUUUCUUGCGAACUUAUUCCAUAAGAAAUAUCAUAUACGAAACUUUAUGCAACUGAUAAUUCUGUAGUACAUUUUACAUGACAAGAUUGAUAUCUUUGUCAUGGGGUGCUUGCUCUGCAGAAUUUUAUGGUCUUGCUUUGGUUCUACCA